ACAAACCGUGUCCCGUGGCACGGCCCGCAGCGGGGAGUCUGAAGGGGUCAGGUGCAAACGCCACGCUGGGACCGAGCUGCGGCCACUCAGCCCCUUGGGCGGCGGGGACGUCACCUCUGGGAGAGCCGAUGCGUCAAGUUGGGAGCUUCCGGAUCUACUGGACGGUAAAAUCCAGGCCAUCAGUGACUCGGAUGGCGUGAACUAUCCCUGGUAUGGAAACACGACGGAAACCUGCACCAUCGUGGGUCCCACAAAGAAGGAAUCCAAGUUCAACAUCAGCAUGAACGACAACUUCUACCCGAGCGUGACGUGGGCCGUGCCCGUCAGCGAGAGCAACGUGGCCAAACUCACAAGCAUCCACCGGGAUCAAAGCUUCACCACCUGGCUGGUGGCCACCAACACGGCUACCAGCGAAAUGGUGACCCUGCAGACUAUCAAGUGGCGCAUGAGGCUGGGCAUCGAGGUGAAUCCCAGCAGGCCCCUGGGGCACCGUGCCAAGCUGCAGGAGCCCUCCGCUCAAGAGCAGCCCCAGGUCCUUAGCAAGAAUGAGCCAAUACCACCCAGUGCCCUUGUCAAACCCAACGCCAACGAUGCUCAGGUACUCAUGUGGAGGCCAAAGGACGGACCACCGCUUGUGGUGAUACCUCCAAAGCACCGAUAA